AUGGAACCUUACGAGGCAUUAUACGGUCGUAGGUGUUGUACACCUUCAUGUUGGACAGAGUUGGGUGAGCAGCAUGUUUUGGGUCUUGGGUUGGUUUCUGAUACCAAGGCUCAAGUUAGACUAGUUCGGGAUCGUCUAAAGGAAGCAUCAGACAGACAGAAGUCGUAUAUGGAUCUGAAACGCAAGGAGAUUGAGUAUUCUGUGGGGGACUUAGUAUUUUUCAAGGUUUCACCAUGGAGAAUGAUGUUGAGGUUUGGGCGAAAAGAGGAGAUUGAGGUUAGGCAGGAUCUAACUUUCAAGGAGGAACCGGUUCAGAUUUUAGAGCAUGAUGUAAAAGUGUUAAGGAAGAAUUCUAUUCCACUGGUUAAGGUACUUUGGUGCAAUCACAGCUCAAAAGAGGCCACAGAAGAACCCUAG